UAUAACUUGGUUUGUUUUUCGCCAAACAAAGGAGUACUGUGUCCAAAAUUCCAAAUGUAGUGUUCGAAUAGGAAACCUCAAAAUUAACGCCUAAGUAACGGAUGGUAAAUAAAAAGAAAAAAAAUAAGAAGCCCUGCGUUAAUAAAAUUCAAAAAAAAUUUAUUCCAAAAAACAAAUAGUUAACGACACAAACCAUUCGAGUCACUAAUAAAUACUGUCGAUCACUCCAUUCGAGUCCGUUGUCACACACCUUCACGAAAACAACAAACUCUUAUCUACACCACCAGUUGACCCUUUCCUCUUUCCUUAGCCAUGGCCAAAGAACCAGUUCGCGUCCUUGUCACUGGUGCCGCCGGUCAAAUUGGAUAUGCCCUUGUUCCCAUGAUUGCAAGGGGAGUUAUGCUAGGCGCGGAUCAGCCUGUGAUUCUACACAUGCUUGAUAUUCCUUUUGCCGCCGAGGCUUUAAAUGGAGUUAAGAUGGAACUUGUGGAUGCUGCCUUCCCACUUCUCAAAGGUGUUGUUGCCACAACUGAUGUUGUUGAGGCCUGCAAAGGUGUUAACAUUGCUGUCAUGGUUGGUGGAUUUCCCAGGAAAGAAGGCAUGGAGAGGAAGGACGUGAUGUCAAAGAACGUUUCCAUCUACAAGUCUCAAGCAUCAGCUCUUGAGCAACAUGCUGCUCCCAACUGCAAGGUUCUUGUUGUUGCAAAUCCUGCCAAUACCAAUGCGUUGAUCCUUAAGGAAUUUGCUCCCUCAAUCCCAGAGAAGAAUAUUACAUGUCUGACAAGGCUUGAUCACAACAGGGCACUUGGUCAGAUCUCUGAGAGAUUGAAUGUUCAAGUAUGUGAUGUCAAGAAUGUGAUUAUCUGGGGAAACCACUCAUCAACCCAGUACCCUGAUGUGAACCAUGCAACUGUGAAGACACAGAGUGGUGAGAAGCCUGUCCGUGAGUUAGUUCAAGAUGAUGCAUGGUUAAAUGGAGAGUUCAUUACAACUGUGCAACAACGUGGUGCUGCCAUCAUCAAAGCAAGGAAGCUAUCCAGUGCAUUGUCUGCUGCUAGUUCAGCUUGUGAUCAUAUUCGUGAUUGGGUACUUGGAACUCCAGAGGGCACUUGGGUUUCCAUGGGUGUGUACUCUGAUGGCUCUUACAAUGUACCAGCUGGUAUCAUUUACUCCUUCCCAGUGACUUGCAAAGACGGAGAAUGGCAAAUUGUCCAAGGCCUUCCUAUUGAUGAGGUAUCAAGGAAGAAAAUGGAUGCAACUGGAGCAGAACUUGUUGAGGAGAAGGCAUUGGCCUAUUCAUGCCUGUCUUAAGCUCUUUCCAAAGCGGUACCAUUAUGAUAUGUAGAAGUAGCUAAAAUUUUGCAAAUAAGUACUUUGUGAGGCUAUUGUGUUGGCUCCGAUAGCAGUGGACCCAACAGUGUCACAAAUAUUCAUAGUUUGAGGGACUUUGCAUAGCACUGAGAAAUAUGAGGGGUGCGGAGGCACAUAUUCCUUUUUAAAAUGUAUCUUUCAUUCGACUAUCAUGCAUUUUGAUUUUGAAAAUGACUUGAAAUAGACUGUCAUUAUUUCUAUCGUUUA